GGGCGCGCUCAAGGCGCGGGUGCGAGAGGCGAUCCCGGAGACGAACGCGCGGUUGAAGGCGAUCCGAGCGGCGCACGGAGAGAAGCGCGUGGGCGAGGUCACGGUGGGGAUGGUCAUGGGAGGGAUGCGAGGGAUCACCGGGAUGCUGUAUGAGACGUCGUUGUUGGACGCGGAGGAGGGGAUUCGGUUCCGUGGGCACACGAUCCCGGACUUGCAGCGACGUCUUCCGAAGGCGACGGCGAACGGCGAGCCGCUGCCAGAGGGGAUCAUGUGGUUGAUGCUCACGGGUGAGAUUCCGAGCGAUGCGGAGGUGAAAACGUUGAGCCAGGAGCUCGCUGCGCGAGCGGAGCUGCCUAAGGCGGUGCACGACGUGUUGGACGCGUUGCCGAAGAACACGCACCCGAUGACGCAACUGAGCUGCGCGCUCAUGGCCAUGCAACCGGAGAGCAAGUUUGCAAAGGCUUAUCAGGACGGCGUGCACAAGACGACGUUCUGGGAGUACGCGUUCGAGGACUCCAUGGAUAUCAUCGCCAGGCUUCCCGCCGUUUGCGCUGCUAUUUACAGAAGAACGUUCAAGGAUGGGAAGCUCAUCGCCGCCGAUAAAAACUUGGAUUGGGCCGGCAACUUUGCGCACAUGAUGGGGCACGAUUCGGAAGCCGUGAAGGAACUCAUGCGUCUGUACAUGACGAUUCACGUCGAUCACGAGGGAGGGAACGUCUCGGCGCACACCACGCAUUUGGUCGGGAGCGCUUUGAGCGACCCCUACCUGUCUCUCGUCGCCGGCUUGAACGGUCUCGCCGGCCCGCUCCACGGCUUGGCGAAUCAAGAGGUCUUGAAAUGGUUGAACGAGACGCGUGAAAAGGUUGGUGACGACGCAACCAAGGAACAGCUCACUGAAUUCGUAUGGGACACCCUGAAAAGCGGUCGGGUCGUUCCCGGAUACGGGCACGGCGUUCUUCGCAAGACGGAUCCACGGUACACGUGCCAGCGCGAGUUCGCGCUCAAGCACCUGCCGAACGACCCGAUGUUCAAGCUCGUCGGUAAGCUCUUCGAGGUCGUUCCCGACGUUCUGACGCAGACGGGUAAGGUCAAGAACCCAUGGCCCAACGUGGACGCGCACUCGGGCGUGCUCCUUCAGUAUUACGGCAUUACGGAGGAAAACUUCUACACAGUCUUAUUCGGCGCUUCGCGCGCGAUCGGAGUCCUGAGUCAACUGAUCCUCUCUCGAGCGUCUGGAUAUCCAAUCGAACGCCCGAAAUCCGUCACGUCGAAGUGGAUCGAGGACAAGUUUGGUAAAGUCGAAGCGUGA